AUGCCUCGCCGGUGCGCACCGGGGCGGCAGCCUCGGCGGCGGCGGCGGCGGCGAGAACAGUGGGAGGGGGCCGUGAGGGGGGGCGAGCCGGCUGCAGCCUACCAAGCCGUCCCCCCUCCUCCUCCGCAUCCUCCGCCUCCCCCCUGCGGCGGGAUUGCCUGUCACCGGGAGCCCGCGAAGUUUUACGGAUACGAUAACUUACAGAGACAGCCGAUUUUUACGACCCAGCAAGAGGCCGAGCUGGUACAAUAUCCUGACUGUAAAUCGUCCAGUGGUAAUAUUGGCGAGGACCCAGACCACUUAAAUCAGAGCUCGUCUCCUUCUCAAAUGUUUCCCUGGAUGAGACCACAAGCAGCUCCUGGUAGACGAAGAGGAAGACAAACCUACAGUCGUUUCCAAACCCUAGAGCUGGAAAAGGAAUUCCUUUUUAACCCUUACCUGACCAGAAAGAGAAGAAUCGAGGUUUCCCAUGCCUUAGCUCUCACGGAGAGACAGGUAAAAAUCUGGUUCCAGAACAGGAGAAUGAAAUGGAAAAAGGAGAACAACAAGGACAAAUUCCCGGUUUCCCGACAGGAGGUGAAGGAUGGGGAAACUAAAAAGGAAGCCCAAGCGUUGGAGGAAGACAGAGCUGAAGGCCCGACGAAUUAAAUUCUACCUUUAAAAUUUUAUCAUAGACUAUUAAAGCUAAUGAUCAACAUAUGCUGGUGGACAUCACCUAUUUUCUUUGUCGGAAAGACUUUACCUAUAUUUCAAGCUACCUUCAUGUCACUGCUCUUGAGAUUUCUGCGCUUUGAGAGGGAUUUUUUAAAAAGUUUCUAGUAUUUCAUAGAAGCAGUCCUUGAGCUGUCUUAUGUGAGGGAGAUUUGAUACUGACCUUGUAGCGACAUUUUUAUAAUGGUAGUUUUCAAUGUCUGAGCUGGUGAUUUGCCUCAACAACGUAAACUUCCUAAUGAUUAGCACUAAAUAAUUGAACAUAAAAUGCUUUAUUAAUCAAACAAGUGCACUUGAACAUUUUAAAUCUUUUCUUUAUGGUGAGUAAAUUAAAAGAAGUCUAUUAAUUUUUUUAAAAAAUUAUGCCUGCAAAAUAUUUACUUUAUUUUAUUUGAUUAAAAUGUAUUAUUUAUGUUUUUUUCUUUCUGCUUUUAUAAUAAUGGUUCGGGUGCUUUUUGUUUACUCCUAAAAGGUUUCUUUAUAAAUGUAGAAUCUCUGGGAAAAGUUUGGGCCAAAUAUUUGAAAAGCACAUGUUAGUUGAAGAGUGUAGUCCUGGCUCUGCAGCUUCCUUAAACUUGAGGAAUGUUGGGCCAGUGACAAGUUUCAGGGCAAUGUCAAAGUUGACAUUUAAUAACUUUUCUAUAGUCUAUACAAAUUAUGGCAAUUUAAUUAGAGUGAAUGAAUACUUGAAAAGCCAAUUAUAACAUUUUCAUUCAUUAACUUUUCACUCUGGCAAGUUGCUCUGUGGAAUGCCUCUCCUUUCUCAACUUGCUUUCAUUUUGAACUGCGUUUGGUAUCGUCUGAAACUGCUAAGUCUCUAGGCUGUAGCCACUGCUGUGAUUCCGGUUUUUGAGUAGGUGCCAUAUUUAUUUGUAUUCCCUUCACUCUAUUUGCACACCCAUUUUGAGCCAACUUGCUGUGUGCGUUUCAGAUGUCGGUUGGUACGUCCUCUGUUGUUCUCCAGGAUGGUCUCACCCUUUUGAAACAAGCCUUGAGAGCAAAUGCAGAAAAAUGAGUGUAAACAACCGCUCCAGAACAUAGCUAGCUCCUUAAUAAAAAAAAAAAAAAAAAAAGAAUCUUUUUCUAGAGCUAGUGUCUUUGAGCGCCGCAAAUAACCCUUUUCCUGAGUUGGGAAGGAUUACCUGGGCUCACACAAAGGCAAUGUUCUGCUAAAGCUUCUAUUUGAUUUUUUUUUUUUAAAAAGAGGGGGUUACAUGCACUCAUACUAUAAAAAUAAAUAAAUACAUGUAGGGGAGGGGGCGCUCGCUCUCUUUCAUCCCAGAGAGGACUGGCUAGGCUAUCCUAGCUUCAUCUUGCUCUAAGUAACCUUGCUAAGGUACUGUGAAAGCUUUGAACUUCACAGAGGACUCGAAUCAACCCAGUGUGGGAGGACCCAGAGUCCAGGUUACACCACAGCUUAUUCCGCGGAGUCUGCAUUGAUGCUGGGUUUUGGGAUCUGUUAUUAACAAGAUAUCCAUUUUCCAUUCCAGGCUGCUCCUGCAGCUGCCAUUUUAUGAGAGAAGAGGAGGGGGAAGAGGGGAGGGCGACAAUAGGAGAAAUUCAAGUAAACUAACAUUUCUCCCAGUAAAAGGGAAAGCAUCUUUGUCAGAUAGACAUUGAAGAGCUCUCUGCCUUUUCUAAGUGUGUUUAUAAAGACGUAUAUUUUAAUUUCUAGACUGGCAUUUAUUGCAAAGGUAAGAAAAUGGAAUCCUGUAGUAUAAGGCCUAGAUCACCCCCUCAGGCAUUGGUGGACCAGGGGAAUGUUGGUACUGAUCAGGCCAGAAGCAAAGCACCACCUGACUUUCUAUCCAAGGAAGAGGCAGUAGCUAUGGCAUUUGUUGACCUGAGCCAGGAAAGACAAUUUUAAGUCACAGGUGGCUCAGGGCUUAAGAAACAUUUGCAUGAGAGGAGACAGCUGCAAACGUGCAUGCUGGAUUUGGAAACGUUUUGCUCUGUGUGCUGCCUGAGCCUCUGCUGUUGGCUGAUACAGAGCAAGGAUGCCAAGUGCCGAAAAGUGUGGCUAGGGAACAGCCUGGGGGCGGGGGAAUAACUUGGCUAAAGACUGGUGCUGGCUAAAUUUCAGCUGCCCUCCUCCAUUUAAGGGACUCCUCUAUUAGCAAAAUUUGUUGUCUCAUUCAAGAAUACUCCCCAAACAUCACUUUUAGAGCCACCGAUUUGGGCAAGACUAUCAGUGGGGGACCUUGUACAUGACGGAUGUGGAAAUCAAGGAAGGAAGGGGAGGUAAAAAUGUCCUUGUUUCCUCUGCGUUCUGUGUCGUUCUAUAAAUGCUGUACCUUCUGGCCUCAUCAUCCUUCUAACCGCAUGGUAAAAUCAUAGCUCGUGUACAGAAAAAGACUGCUGCAAUUACUGGUGUAUUUGAGAGUAUUUGUACGUAUACAAAUUUGGUAAUUUUUGGUAUAUAUUUGGUGGAUUUGUACAUAUACAUAGAUUGCACGUGUGCACAAAGUGUUGGUAAUAAAUGUUUCCUUUUGUAGCUGAGAAAAGCAUAGAUUUGUCUCCAAAUAAAGAGCUCGUGGAAUUACACAUCA